GUCUUGGUUACAUAGUUUGACGUUUCAGUCUUACUGCGCUCACUUUUUAAUUUUCUUCAAUGAUGUUAGGCUUGAAGUAUACUCUGGUUAAUCUGUUGUUUCUUGUCAUCAACUCUGUAACAGCGCAUGUGGAUUUAAUUUAUAUCCCCAGAGUAAGAAAUUCAUCUGUUGACAUUUCCUGUGAAUCAGCAAAGAAAGAGGUAAACCUGUUUGCCUUUUCACUGAAACGUAAGUUGCUUCAGUCCAGACAAGUGCUGUAUCUUUCUAAAGGCUUAACAGCGAUCAUCAAUGAAUCUGUGGACAAAGGUCGCAUCACUGUCCAUGAUGAGUUGGAUAACCAUACAGUCCAUCUAAGCAUCUCAAACCUUCAAGGAUGGGAUACAGAUGUGUAUUACUGUGAAUUCCACUAUGGGGAUCUUCCAUUUGAUACAAAUAUUCCUGGCACAAUGGAGUUCUUUAUCUAUGUUGAAGACUUGUCUCGUGAGCCUUGCAGUUGUUCAGGGUACCUGUUACUGCUGUAUGUGAUCUCAGGAGCUGCAUGUCUGCUGGCUGUUCUGGUGGUCACCCUCGUCACAGCUUAUUGUUGUAAAUUGCCCAAAAGUAGAAAACCACAACCCACCGUUCCAGUAUAUGAAGAAAUGGCUGGGGUGUGGCCAGCCAAAGGAAAAGCCACCAGCCGUCAUGUAGAUAUCUCAAAACUGGAGGUGGCAAAUGGCUCAGUGUUGGCCUUACUCGGCAAGGAAAACCUCUACGUGAAGUCUGAUUCUAUGAAAUGUAGUGAAUAAGGUUGUCACACUGAACUCACUCUUCUUGGGCUUUACUCAUGGUGUGACCACUGCUAACCCACUGUGCAUUACUAAAUCAUUGCUGGCAGAUUUAACAGUUGAAUGUUAGAAGAAAAAUUUUCUUUUCAUCUCUCGAGUUUUAUACCUCCAUAAUAAAGUUACUCUUGAGACAUUUUUAUUACAACAAAAAUAGAAUGUGUCAGCAAUUAUGUCUGAAUUUUUGUCUGUAGCACAUCACUGUAACUUCCAGGUAGUCAAACAUUUUGACAAGACAUGAUACAAAAGAAAGAAUUUAUUUAGGUGAUGAGAAUAAAUUAAUUUUCAUCUUUACUCAACCUCAUAAAGCCAUUUGACUUUAUUUCUUCUGUGGAUCACUAAAGUUGAUGCUAGGCUAAAUAUUAGCUACAGUAACCAUUCAUGUUCAUAGCAUCUUUCCGCACAUUGAAAAAAUGGUGACUGAGGCAAAUAUUUUGCAGAACAUUUCCGGUGUUCUAUGGAAUAAAGUAAAUCUUUAUUUUGGGUAAACUGUACCCUUUAAUUUCCCUAAAAUGUGUGAUUUUACAAAAUACACUGUUGCAAGAUCUGUUUAUUGAAAAGUUUGUAAUUGAUGGAAACUGACAAGGGGAAAAGACUGUUCAUAUCAUUCAAAUAUACUUCUAUUGAGACUUUAUGUAUCACACUGAAGCAUGCAAAUUAAGUCCAGAAGAUUCAGUGUUUUUACACCUUUACAUUUACACAGACUGAAGCUGCAGCUUUCCUGGCUUGUAUCUCACUUGAUUAUGGAUAAAAAAAAAUGUAUUAUUACCUUUAUCAUUCCAUCUCACAGUGUGAGAUAAAACUGUAUGAAUAAGCAAAACAAGUGUAUUUUUUAGGUGUUUAACGAGUUGACAAGAUAUGAAUGCUGUUUUCAUUUACAUCACAUCAAAUAAAUAUUCU